UUGUUACUUGAUAGACAUUAGUUGGUGAUGAAUUUAGUAUCCACUUGAGAGUGGAUAGUGCAAAUGUAGACCCUAGCUAGUUACCACUCUGAUCUCCCUCUCCCUUUUUAUAUGUAUAAAUAUCCCAUCCUCUUCCCUUUUCAACUCCACACAAAUUCUCUCUAUAUAUCCCUUCUCAUCAUUCAAUUCCUCUGUGUUUCUUUCUUUCUCUCAAGCAUGGCAAAAAUGGCUACAAUGCUCACCAUCCUCAAGUUCUCAAUCUUCAUCUUUGUUAUUAUGUUUCAGAAUCAGGCUUCAAUGGCUGCACAUUCAUCUACCCCGCAGCCACUGGGUAACAACCGCAUGUAUGGUGUGACUGAAGGCAGCCUGCGUCCUCAAGAGUGCUCGCCGAAGUGCAGUUUCCGGUGCUCGAAGACGGCGUUCAAGAAGCCGUGUUUGUUCUUCUGCCAAAAGUGCUGCGCCAAGUGUCUGUGUGUGCCGCCGGGGACUUACGGCAACAAACAAGUUUGCCCCUGCUACAAUAACUGGAAGACCAAGAGAGGAGGCCCCAAAUGCCCUUAAUUAUAUAUCUAUUUCACCACCAAUUAAUUAACAACAUAUUUUUUUAAAAUUUAUAUAUUAUUAUAAGUAUUUUGUUAAGAAAAACGGAUGGGAUCAUUAUCCACCUCCGAUCCCUCUCUCAUAUAUUAUGGGGAAAAUAAUUAUUAUUAUAGUAUUUCCCUUAGUAGACUAGAGGUCGAAGAAAAUGAUCUAAGAAUAUCAUCGAAUCUGAUCCGUUUUUUAGAUUUUAAUUUAAGUUGAGUUAUUGUAUGUGCUUGUACUUAAAUUUAUCAAUAUUUAGUAACAUAUCUAUCUCUUCAUAGUAAUUAAAAGUUUAUUA